UUUAUUUCGACGGGGCGAUGGCGACUUUCAUAGACGUCAACCUCGUUAAAUAUAUCUGUGGAUGUGGCAAAAAGAAACCAGUGUGCAAGCUGUAUUUAUGCAGGCAUUGUCUUAAGAUAAGAUGUGGAGACUGUGUUUUACACGAGGUGGAUACACCAUACUGUCCAAAUUGUUUGGAGAACAUGCCUGCAGCUGAAGCCAAACUAAAAAGGAAUAGAUGUAGUAAUUGUUUUGAUUGUCCUAAUUGUGGCCAUACUCUGACCACAAGAGCCACUAGUCAUGCUGUGUCUAACCCUGAAGAUCCCAACAAGUCUACACCAAAGAAGAUGUUUUACAUGGCUUGUGGAUUCUGUAGAUGGACUACCAGAGAUGUAGGAAUUGCUGAUAAACCUGCUGCAAGUGGAAAUUGGGAAGACAAAGAUAACUCACAUCAGAAGAGGAUAUUAUCCUUAUUAGAGACCUACCAACAAAUUGCACAGAAGGAAAAAGCUGAAAAGGAAAGAAAGAAAUAUGUUAGAAGGAGGAGUUAUCUUACUUAUGCUGCUGGCAUGGAUAAAUAUGGAAUGGUUUCUGUAGCAGCAAAGAGGAAAGGAUUGUUGGCAUCUCCUAGUACUGGUGGGUCGAAAGAUGAAGACACUAUUAUCUCCCCUGUGGAACCAGCUGAAACGGUUACAACCUUUGUACCAUUGAAAGACGAGAUAUUUACACAGGAGUUACAUUUAGAAAAUAUGGCUGGUAUGAGUCAGAGACAUGCUCCUCCAGAGUUCCAGCCUUGUGAGAUGACAGAUUUACACCCUCUUCAUAAACAUUUGCUAAUAAGGAGAUCACUUAGAUGUAAACAAUGUGAACACAACCUUAGCAAGCCAGAGUUUAACCCGAUAUCCAUUAAGUUUAAGAUUCAGUUGAUUGCCAUGAGCCAUAUACCAGAAAUAAGGAUAUUUACAUCCCCUGAGCUGAAUUUUGAUAAGGAUUGUAAAGUGAUAUUGACUGUAUGUAACCCAACAUCAUACAAUACUAAUAUAAAUUUGACAACACUAGAAGGGGACACCCAGGAUGACUUCAGCAAUUCUAAGAUAACCUUGCCAAAAGAUACUAUAGUUGUUAGUCGUCGUGACGAUGCUGCUCUGUAUGAUGUUGGUAGUCAGGAACAGGAAGCUCAGAAGGAUGAUCCAAGUGUUAUAGCUUUCAGAAAAGCAAACAAAGUUGGAUUUUAUGUCAAAGUCAAACCACAAGUUAAAGAUGGGGACAUACAGGUUAGUUUUAUGAUGAAGCAUGAUUACCACAACACUGCCAUUGCACUGACCAGUGAGAACCAAGAACCACAAGUUGUCUGGCUGGAACAAAAAGUCUUUGUAAAUCUAGGACCAUUGCAGACAAAGAAGUAGAGAUAGAGAUCUAUUAUUUACAAUAAUGAUUAAAGAAAAAUCCUACAGAGACACAUCUGUAAUUGAAAUCUGGAGAUGGUUAUUUAUUGCAAUUUUAUAAUUUCAUGCUAUGGAAGACAUUGGAAAAAAGGGGAAUAUUUAUAAAGACUAAAAUGAGCAUAAUCUUUUUUUUUAAAUUAUACUAACAGCACAACAGGAUGUCAUAAUUGUUACACACUGAAUACUUGAUCAAACAGGAGGGAACCUCCACAGGGGUGGAUCCAGCCAUUAAAAAAGGGGGGUUCCAACUAUAUGUCCCCAUUCAAAUGCAUUGAUCGUCCAAAAAAAAGGGGGGUUCCAACCCCCGUAACCCUCCUCCUGGAUCUGCCAAUGCUCCACCUUCUUAAAAUUUAGAGCAGAGAUACUGUUUGUGGCGGGUGGGAAAAAUCUAUGUUAAUGGUAUUUAACUAAUUUAAAACUAUGUUUCUCCUUACAAAAAUGUUUUGCAUUAUUUCAAAGUGACCUUAUGUUUGAAUCAAUGCAUUUUCAAUCAGAAUGAAGCUUAAAAGGUUCAUUGAAAUGUAGUUUUAACUAGAUUUAUUUUUAUUUAUACAGGAAUUAAAUGACACAUCAGUGUCUUUGGCUUAGAUCAGAUUUAUUUAAAAAUAAAAAAGAUGAGACAAAUGUGUGGUUUCUGUAGUUUGGAAGUUCCAAAGUUUGAGCUUUCCUUUUACUGUUCUGUAGCUUUGUCUAGUAUACUCCAUAUGAAAUAUUGGUGCAAUAUUGUGACGAUGUAGUAAUUCAUAUACAUGUAUCACCAUUUGCUCUGAGCUGUAUCAUCAUUCUAUAUGUUAUACUCCAACACUAAUAUACAUACAUUUCUAUGUGUCAUUUGAACUGAAGUUUUGAAAAUGGAGGUCAUAGAAACGUAUUUUAUCUAUCAAAUGAAUAGAUACUUUUUGCAAUGUAGUAGUCAAUUAUCUAUGUAUUGUAAUUCCAGUAUGAUUAAUGUUUGGUCUGAAAAAAGGCUUAACUAUCAAGCUAAUGAGAAUACCAAACUCAUUAAAAUUUAUUCUUUGCAAGAGCAAGUGCAGGGAUUUAAUUUUGAUUAGAAUGAUUUGAAAAGUAAUAUCACAAAAAUACUGAAUUUAGAGGAAAAUCAAUUCAGAAAGUCCAUAAUCACAUGGUAAAAUCAAAUAACAAAACAUAUAAAAAAACGAAUGGACAAGAACUGUUAUAUUCCUGACUUGGUACAGGAAUUUUCAAAUAUAGAAAAAGAUGGAUUAAACCUGGUUUUAUAGUGCUAACCCUCUCACUUUAAUGACAGUCUCAUCAAAUUCCAUUAUAUUUACAUUGAUGUGUUAAAUAAACAGACACAAUAAAUAAAAUAGUUAAAAUAUGAGUACAUCAGUAUAACAAUUUAAAAAAAUGUGAAUAACUUCUAUCUAUUUUGAAAUUAAAAAGAAACAGCCAGCUUUUCUUUCUCAUGAAAAGCCCUUGCACUAUUAUGGAUAGAUAGGUUAGAUAUAUAAAUAUAUGUAUGAAAGCAAUGGGAACAUUUAAAGGGAAACAUUUGCUUAAGUUAAACUUUUGUGGUUAAAUUUUAUGUAUUAUACAGGCCAUUAAACAAAGUAUAAAUUCAAACUUUUAUUUUUUACUUUAAUACCUGUAUCAUCAUUUAAUCUCAAAUAUCUUAUUAAAUUAUAAUCUGUAUUCUUUAAUGAUGUUGUGGUUGAAAUGUAUUAAAGUCAUUCUUUGCUUUUUUAUGGGGAUAGCAUAUCCUGUUUAUUUAUUUAGAACUCUAAAAAUCUGAAGGUCUUGUUUAUUUACCCUCAAAUCUAUUGGUUGAAUUUAAUUUUUUUUAUCCACUCCUAACAUACCUGAAGAUGUUAUUUAUUUAUCAAAUGAAAUGUAAACAAAUUUCAUGUUCAAUUUUUAGGGUAACAGGUACUUUAUAUAUAUAAUAAGUUGAUUAAAUUAUAUGAAAACUUUUAUUACAGUUUCCUUUUUUAGGGGAAAAAGGUACUUUACUUAGGUAGUCUUAUCAUUAGAGUACAUGUUUUGCUGCUUAUUUAAUAUUAUUAGUGUAUAUUUGUGAAUAUCUGAGACUGUAUAAAUUAUUAAACGUACACAUGGUUUUUUGCUUGUAUUAUUGAAAAUAAAUGUGGUUUAUUCCAAAUCUUUGUGAUGUUUUCUAUGCAAUAUUUAUCCUCUAUUUUUCCACAGCCUUAACUUUUCAUAUAAUGGUUAUUUUAACAAUCAUAUGUUAUGAGUAUUUCUUGGUUUUGUCUUGUGUACUAUCGAUAUUCAAUUUUACUGUCAUUCACAAUCAGACAUCCUUAUUCAUGACUAUCAAUGCACCAGUUCUAGGUUGAAGACUUCCUCUUUUUCCUUUAAAUAAAGAAAUUUCUUGAUUUGAACCUUUCACCUUCUAGUAUGGUCAAUGUGAU